AUGGCUCUCCCUCACGAAUCACCACCGCCCGAUGGCGAUGUGAGUCGCCAAACCGGCGCCCUGGUAGCCAUCUGGGUCUUAUUCGGCAUCUCCAGUGUGGUCAUGGUUCUGCGCCUCUUCGCCCAGGUCUCCGUUCUCCGCAGGCUAGGGCUGGAUGAUGGCCUGAUGAUUGUAGCUUGGAUCUGUCAAACGGUCAAUUCGGCCUUGAACACCGUUUCGGUCCACUGGGGCAUCGGUCGUCAUGCCUUCUAUCUCACCCGGGAGCAAUAUGUCAACGCCCUGAAGUACGACGUCAUGGCUGUCCCCUGGGCCGCUCUGUGCCCCAUGUUCGGCCGCAUCUCCUUCAUUCUCUUUUUGCUCGUUUUCAUCAUGGCCGUGUCCCGCCCUCGCAAACACCUCCUCUGGGCUCUGAUCGUUGCUCAGGUCAUCUUCAACAUCAUCCCCGUCAUCCUCACCUUUGCGCAGUGUCAGCCGCCCUCCCACCUGUGGGACCCCUGGAACUCAGGCAGUUGCUGGGAUUCACCCGUCGUCAUUUAUUUUGGAUAUCUGCAAGGAGGUGUCAACGCAGCGACGGAUCUCUGUCUCACCGUGAUGGGAAUCACCCUCGUUGUGUCGUUGAACCUUCGGCUGUAUGCCAAAAUCACUUUGAGUCUGCUGCUAUCACUGAGCAUUAUAGCAAUGGUGGCCGCCAUUCUCAAAACGGUCAAGAUCCAGGACACGACCUAUCCAGAUCUUACCUAUCAUUUCGCUUUUUGGAUUCACUGGUAUAUGCUGGAGAAUGCCGUCGUCAUCGUCACCGCCUCGAUAUCCAAGAUCCGGCCAUUGUUCAUCAUUAUCCGCCAGAAAUACGCAGAGUCUAAAUACCAGCAUAGACGCAGGGCUCGCAGGGACGUAGAACGUUCUUCGCUGCCACCAACAAGGCUCUCCAAGUAUCUAUCCUUGUGGAGCAACUCCAGAUCUGGAGCCAAAGACUCUCAGCUUUCCUCAAAUACCACCAUUCUGACUCCAAACUAUACUUCCUUAUCCGGAACGACAGCCACCAACAACAACUAUCAUCAUCAUCAUCAUCAACCACGACGACAACGCAGCAUCUAUAGCCUCCCGCGCCGGUCUCGGUCUCGUCGGUCUCGCCGUCCAAGCGGCGACAUUUCCUUGACGUCGCUGUCGCGGCUAUCCAGCAGGCAGUGGGGUCGAUGCCCCUCGGAAGACACCAACCUCACGUCCAGGGCGGACACCCCGGACUUUCUUCCACCGCGGUCCCCGCGCAUGACGUACCGGACGGUCAUCUCAGGGGGCGGUCCAGUGCCGCCUUCGGUGCCUCUGUCCGUUCUGUCAUCGACACCGCCCAGUGGUAGGACUUCCCGAGCCAGCAUGCGAGACGACGGCAAUUCUAGCCAGGGAGGAUCCGCACAACCACCACGAAUCCCUGUCAACGUCGGAGGAGACCAUCCUAUCAUGGCAUCCGGGCCCAUCUGUAUCUGGCAGACGAAAGACGUCAUUAUCGAAUUCGAGGACGCGAACGAAGACGUUAACCAAGACAACAACCACAAUACGUGUAACAAUAACAAUAACAACGACAGCAUCAGCAGAAACGGCAAAUCGCAAGCUUCUCAGUACAACGAGUCCGAAGCCGAAGAGUUGCAACUGUUCGAUGUUGGGGCCAUCCUCCCUCAAUCAGGGUCAGGGUCGGGAUCGGGAUCGUAA